UUCUUCUGUGGUGCUUGACGUCAGGCGAAUGAUGAAUAUUUAGAGAUUGUGAUUUUCGAUAUUUAGUGGCGUUUUGUGUGGACACAUAUUAAUGUAUUUAGUGAAAUUACUAAAAUGGAAACCGAUUGGAUGAUAGAAGACUCGACGACACCCAAGGUGACAUCAUUAACAUCUCUGGACACGGGCGUGCGGCCGGCGCCGAGCGGCGCAGCUUACGUGGGCGAGCGGAACACAUGUCUCAACUUGUUCUCAAGAUGGAACGAAACCGACCAGGUGGAGUUUGUGGAGCAGCUGCUGGCACGCAUGUGCCAUUAUCAGCAUGGCCACAUCAACGCAUACCUCAAGCCCAUGCUGCAAAGGGACUUCAUCAGCAUGCUGCCCAAGAAAGGGCUCGACCACGUGGCAGAGAACAUCCUCUCGUACCUGGACGCCAGCUCGCUGUGCGCCGCCGAGCUGGUCUGCCGCGAGUGGCAGCGGGUCAUCUCCGAGGGUAUGCUGUGGAAGAAGCUGGUGGAGAGGAAGGUGCGCACCGACUCGCUGUGGCGCGGCCUGGCUGAGAGGAGGGGCUGGAUAAUGUACCUGUUCAAACCGAAGCCCGGCUGCCAGCAUCCCUCGCACUCCUUCUACAGACAGCUGUACCCCAAGAUCAUACAGGACAUACAGUCCAUCGAGGACAACUGGCGCAUGGGCAGGCACAACUUGCAGAGGAUAAACUGUCGUUCAGAGAAUUCAAAGGGAGUGUACUGUCUGCAGUACGACGACAACAAAAUAGUAUCCGGCCUCAGAGACAACACCAUCAAGAUAUGGGACAGAAAGACAUUACAAUGUGUCAAGGAGCUCCAAGGUCACACAGGCUCGGUGCUGUGCCUGCAGUACGAUGAGCGAGCCAUCAUAUCGGGCUCCUCGGACAGCACGGUGAGGGUGUGGGACGUCACCACGGGGGCCAUGCUCAACACACUCAUCCACCACUGCGAGGCGGUGCUGCAUCUCAGGUUUUGCAACGGGAUGAUGGUCACUUGCAGUAAGGACAGGUCGAUAGCUGUAUGGGACAUGACGUCAACGACCGAGAUAAUGUUGAGACGAGUGCUGGUCGGGCACAGAGCAGCUGUCAAUGUGGUGGACUUUGACGAGAAGUACAUUGUCAGUGCCAGCGGUGACAGGACUAUUAAGGUGUGGAACACGUCAUCGUGCGAGUUCGUGCGCACGCUGAACGGUCACAAGCGCGGCAUCGCGUGUCUGCAGUACCGAGACAGGCUGGUGGUGUCGGGCUCCUCCGACAACACCAUCCGCCUGUGGGACAUCGAGUGUGGACAGUGCAUCCGCGUGCUGGAGGGGCACGAGGAGCUGGUCAGGUGUAUCCGGUUCGACAACAAGCGGAUAGUGAGCGGCGCGUACGACGGCAAGAUCAAAGUGUGGGACCUGCGCGCGGCGCUCGACGUGCGCACGCCUCACCAGGACCUGUGCCUGAGGACUCUGGUGGAGCACACAGGCCGAGUGUUCCGGCUACAGUUCGACGAGUUCCAGAUCGUGUCGUCAUCGCACGACGACACGAUUCUCGUGUGGGACUUCCUCAACUACGGCGGCGCGUCCCCCUCGCCCGCCGCGCCGCCCCCGCGCCGCUCCUCGCCCGACCACGACCGCGCCUUCUAUGACUAGGUGUGUGAGCCACGCGUUGACGACCCCUGCAACUUGUUAUACUAGCGAUCGUCAACAUUUUACAAUAGUUGUAAAAGUCGCCCAUACGCUAGAAUACAUUCCACUCACUUAUUGUUGAAGGGGUCGUCAACAACCUGCAACUUGUAACACCAGAGGUCGUCAACAUUUUAUAAUAUUUGUACAAGAAGCGUUUUCGCUAGAAUACAGUCCACAUGACUAGGUGUGUGAGUCACGUGUUGACGACCCUGCAUUUUGUUACACCAGGUAUCGUCAACAUUUUAUAAAUUUGUAAAAGCCGCGUUUUCGCUAGAAUACAGUCCACUCACUUAAAAUGGCUGGUCUUGUGUCGUCAUCGCACGACGCGAUUCUCGUGUAGGACUUCCUCAACUACGGCGGCGCGUCCCCCUCGCCCGCCGCGCCGCCCCCGCGCCGCUCCUCGCCCGACCACGACCGCGCCUUCUAUGACUAGGUUUUACUCAAAGACCACAUUUGUACGUUAUUCACGUAAUAACGGGCAUACAAAUGGCGUUCGCGCCGAAGAAUUGAACACACGUGGUGUGAAGUGAUUACAAGUGAAGUGCAGUGAAUACAAGUGACGAUUUAAUUGAUUAAGUUAAUUAACUUUAUGUAUGACUCGAGUCCAAAGUGCCUAGUGCACAAAGUUACCUGGAGAUAACUGAAGAUUUUGACAACUGCUGCCCGCCUGGCUGUUUCAAUCUGGGAUGUUGGGUUAAGUAAGUGUACACAGUCUUGUAUAACAUUGUUUUACUGUAAACAAUCUACUGACUACUUUGUGUGACCCACCAACCUGUUUCAUACUGGUUUGAUGGGCACGUUGCGAAAUCUUGUAUAAAAUUACAUAGAAAUGAAUAGACCAGGCGCUGUGAGGUAUUGAGUGUAAAUAAUUUGGAGACUGCAUUCUUGUUACAGUUUUAAACUCAGAAAAUAAGGCAGAUUAUGAUUCUGUAUGUUGCUAAGACGUUUGUUAAUCCAUUAUUUUACCCCCUUUUGGUGUAGAGGGUGUGGUCUGAAUAAAUUUGUAUCUGUUUUAUUGCUUAUUUCAUUAAGAAUAUCCAGUUUUUUAACCGACUUCCAAAAAGGAGGAGGUUCUACUUUCGGCUGUAUGUUUUUUUUUUAUGUAUGUCCAUCAUUUGUGGACCGAUUUUGAAAAUUCUUUUUUUUUAUCAUGACAUGACACUAAUGGCUAAUAUAUUUAAAGACACAAAAAAGUAAAAAUGUAUCACUCCAAAACUACUAAUUGAAUACAACUGAAACUUGGCAAAAUUUGAGUUUAUACUAUGAAGAUAAAAAGAUUCCGACGAAUUGAUAACCUCCUCCUUUUUUUUAAGUCGGUUAAAAACACCAAAAGGAGCACUGUGUAAAGGGAAUAGCAAACCUCCUUGUGACAUGGAUAAUCGUAAUCUGCACGCUUUUCUGAGUUCAAAUCUGCAAACAGAAUGCGUUCUUGGAAUUAUGCACACUCAAUACCUCACAGCGCCUGGUCUACUUGUUAGUCAAGUGUAUUUUGAAUACUUUGUGUAAUAACCCAAUCUGAAAUGGUGGGCUAAUGUAAGUGUUAUAUGCAAUCUUAUAAAGAAUGGGAUAAGAAUACACUAUAUUAUUGUAUUUUAUUAAAUUAUCUGACAUUGUGGAAUAACCCACCAAGUUGUUUCAAACCAGAUUUGUGGGCUACUUAAGUAAAAUGCAGAAUUUGUAUAAAACAGAAUUGCAGUUGUAAAGGCAGCCUUAACGCAAGCAAUGUUAAAUUAAUUGAUAUACUUGCUAGGAUUUUUAAAAUGUCCAUCUAUUUGUUACUUAGACCAAUUACCUUGGACUUGUAUGGAAUUAUAGCAUGGAUUAUCACAUAGGCUACUGUUUAUCCCGGAACAAUCCAUGGUUCCCGAGGGAUUUGUGAAAAAAUAAAGUCACGGGCGUCCGCUAGUGAUCAUAUCAUGCCUCAAUAGCUCAACGGUAAGAGCGGUCGGACUCAUCACCGAGGGGUGGUGGUUCGAUCCCCGCCCCGUUGGUCUAUUGUCGUACCCACUGCUAGCACAGUCUUUCCCGACUUGUUGGGAGGGGAUUAGGAAUAUUGGUCAUAUUAAAAAAAAAUAUAUAGUGUUGACAGAGGGGUAACCUCUAGCGAGGCAGGUCCUAAAGGUAAUUGGUCUAAGACUUACUAUGACUACUACCUUUAGUUUGGUAGGCAGAUUAUUUACAAACCGAUUAGUCAUUCCAGUCAGUAAAUAUAACUGUCACUGAAAUGUCAUUUUCACUCAACUGAAAAGUUGGAGGUGCAUGCCCCGGACCGGAUUCGAACCCACACCCUCCGGAAUCGGAGGCAGAGGUCAUAUCCACUGGGCUGUCACGGCUCAAUGAGUAAUAUACAAACAAAAAUGGAGUGAUUUUAAAAUACUAUUGUGUAUGGUAUUAGGGAUACUGCCGAAAACUUGUCAAAAAUUGUCAAAAAUUGUCAAGGAUAUGCUUAUAUUGUAACUAAUAAAUGUAUAUAUUAGAAAAUCACUAGUGUGUUGUUUCGAUCUUGAAAAUAAUUGGGGUUUUGACUAUCUUUUGACUAGUACUGUAUUUUUUUUUUAUUAAUGCGUAUUCUGGUCGGCGUAUGUCCGACAGAACGUAAUUAGUUUGAACAGUCGGUUGAACGCCGACCAAAAGACGCGUGAGCGCCUGAUCUAUAAUAGGGUAUAAUUAUUUUUUUUAUUUUAAAUUAAUGUAUGCUAAUAGUAUAAGAGCCGUGGUAGCCCAGUGGAUAUGACCUCUGCCUCCGAUUUCGGAGGGUGUGGGUUCGAAUCCGGUCCGGGGCAUGCACCUCCAACUUUUCAGUUGUGUGCAUUUUAUGGAAAUAAAUAUCACGUGUCUCAAACGGUGAAGGAAAACAUCGUGAGGAAACCUGCAUACCAGAGAAUUUCUUAAUUCACUGCGUGUGUGAAGUCUGCCAAUCCGCAUUGGGCCAGCGUGGUGGACUAUUGGCCUAACCCCUCUCAUUCUGAGAGGAGACUCGAGCUCAGCAGUGAGCCGUAUAUGGGUUGAUAACGACGAUGCUAAUAGUGUUUAACUAAGAAAUUUAAAUAAUUUUUCCAAAAGAUAGCUGGAAGAUGUGUAGCUAGAUAUAGCAGUCAAAAAUUAAAAAAAAAAAAAUUAUAGUAAAUAAAAUUAAAUAUUAUGUAUUGUUUUAUAUACAAAUUCAUCGGUCCAUUUGAGAAUAAAUUUAGUAAGUUUGAAACAUAAUUCAAAGACUGCGUUUUUAUAAACAAAAUCAGCAUUUAAUUUCAAUAUUUUAGAUGUUUUGAAGUUAGUCAAAUACCCAAUUGAAUUUUUAACAGCUGUCAAAAAAUGCAAUCUCGUCUACCAAGGUUGCUUUUUUGACAGUUCAAAACAUAAUAUGAUAUAUAUAUAGAAGUAAUUACGAUUUUAAAUUACGGCUUAAGCUAAAUAAAGUAUUAUUGUAAUUCGUCUUUAUAUUUGUACAUACGAACUGAUAUUUUGUACGGUUGAGGAGAAAAUUUUGUUCUUUACUUUACAUUUGAAAAACAUGUUUUUCAUUAAUCAUGUUAUCUAUAUAGCAAGAUAGUUUUUUGGAAAUCGUUAGUAUCAAAGUCAUUGUAAUCUGCAAUUUUUACCCGACUGCAAGAAGGGUUAUGUUUUUCGCGCGUAUCUUGUAUGUAUGUAUGUAUGUAUGUAUGUAAUAUUCUUUAUUACCUCAUAUCUUCCAAACCGCUGGACGGAUUUUCGUAAUUAAGAUAUCGUUAGAUUUGUCUUAAUAACCCAAGUGUUCUUAGAUAGGUGAAAUUAAAAAAAAACAACAAGACGACUGUGAGACGCUAUAGACUCGAGGUGAAAAAAAAUUUUUUUUUUUUACUAUUGCAACAUGGGUAUCAAAAUCAAGGGCUUUUUGUGAGGAAUUCAAAAUGGUAUAACAUAGCCAUGUUAAAAAAAACUAUAAUUAGAAAAACGUUAUUUAUUAAUUGUCUAUACAAAAUACGCGAGGCGGAUGACUAUAAGGUGCGAGGUUUAUGAAGUGAAGUUAUAUAACACCUAAAAUAUACUAAACUAAAUAUAUUGAUUAUAAAAAUCGGACAAGUGCGAGUCAGAUUCGCCCACCGAGGGUUCCGUAGAUCUUUUUGAAUAUUUACUUAACCUCGGUUGGACGUAGGUAUAAAUUAUCGUACUUUGUAACAUGUAACCAACAAAUAAAUCCGAAAUUCACCAUCUAUCGUAACUAAAAAGGUGUGAAAUAAAUAAAUUAAUUAAACAAAUAAAAAAACCCGACUGCAUAAAUUAUACAAAAACUGAAAAGAAAAAAACAAGCUCAGUCCAGAAGUGUAGAAAGCAAUUAGAAAACAGUCGGGACCUGUAAAAAAAUGUAGACGAAAAUCAUUCUAUUCAAUAUAAUAGGUCCCGACUGUUUUCUAAUUGCUUUCUACACUUCUGGACUGAGCUUGUUUUUUUCUUUUCAGUUUUUGUAUAAUUUAUGCAGUCGGGUUUUUUUAUUUGUUUAAUUAAUUUAUUUUUUGUUAUUUUAAAUUGCUCAAGGCAUAAGUUUCUCAAAAGACAGUGGGAUUUAAACUUCAUAUAUAUCUUUCUUAUGGGGUUUUUUCUUCUCUUUUAAGUUUUAUUUUUUAAAUCAUGGCUUCAAUGUCUAGGUCAAAUCUGUUAGUAUUUAUGGAACCAACUCCAAAACCAAAAAAUAUAUUUUUUGUUUAUAUUAAUAUUAAAUCCGCUUUCAAAAGUACAGAGCUUAUGUUUUCUUCUUGAUCGUGCAAAAAUUGUAAAAUAAAUGAAAAAAAAAAAAAUAAGAUUUAGUAAAACUAUAGAAAUUGCGUUGUAAAGUAAUCGCUAGAUAAAUGUUGAGGGUGUGACCACAAAAUUAAUAAAAAAAAAAAUGUACUUUUUUUACAUACAUUUUACUUUUUUAUGGUGUUUUACUUAUUUGUCUAAUUGUGUCUUCAAAAUUGAACGUGGUUUUUAACCACAGUUAAAAGGACGUCAAGAACAGCGGGCUUAUUACGUAACUCGGUGUACUAUUCAAAUAAUAAGUCACUAAAAAUUUUUUUUUUAUCGUAUUAUCGUUUUUGUGAUCAUCUAAAGUGUUUUUCAAUUUUUUUUUUAAAUUUUUUUUUUUUUUUUUUUUUUUUUUUUAUUCUUCUUUAGAUUAAACAGUUUUUCAGAUAACAAUGGUACGGUGACAGAUGACUUUUUACGGAAGGGCCUUGAUUGCGCCAUUUUACAUCCAAUGCCAGUGAUUUUUUGUUUUAACGAUCAUCUAACAUAAAUAUUUCAACGAAAUUACGUAUUAUUCAAUUAAUACCAGUACUAUACUAAUUUAAUUUUAUGUAAAAUGAGGUUAAUUAUGUAAUUUCGCUAAUGUAAUGUAUUUAUGUAAUGUAAAAACAAAGUUAAGAUGGUUGUGAAAAUGAAAAUAUGAUGAAAAACGAUGAAGUGACUGAUUAUUUGCAUGGUACACUGACAUAUAAUAACCGUACAGGACAGAUCUCAGGCAAUAUAUCGCAUUGGCCCCAAUUUCCCCUUAUGCAGAGGUCUGGACCUUACUGGGUCCGCUAGAGAGAGAGUUCUUCUAUCCCUUGGGCCCCACCCUGGGUCUCUGACAGAGAUAGAAUUUGCUGUUUCAAUUAUUCAAGCAUAUGUAAUUUCUAUUGAAAUGAAAUGAAAUGAAAUGAAAAUUUAUUGUUUUAUCAAGUUUACAUAUAUGAUUGAUGAUUGGGCUGGGACCUUCUAUUAAGUACUAGACCUGUAUCAGAAAGCCCCGCUCUUCCUCAACUAUAAUAUUAUUAUAAUUAUAAAAUAAAAACAAUAAUUUUAACAUAAAUCAAAUAAUACAUAAUUUUCUUUCAAUUCUAACGUGCAAAAUAAGUGAGAUAAGAAUAAAAUUGUUGUUUUCUAUUUCAAGGACUCUUUAUUCUAGAGAAGUUGAUUAAUGAAAUUUACCCACAAUCAUCCCUUGCACUGGCAUAAACUCCACAGUUGACAUAUACUUGGCACAUAGAGUCACAGAAAUUAUUAUUUUGUAUAAAUAGUACUUGAAAUAAGGGUGAUUUACUUGUAUAUUUUCCCUUAUUUAGAGUUGCUGUAUCAUUAUUUUAUUCCUUAAAAACACCCUUGGGGGUAAACCUGCAUGCAUUUUUAGUGCAGGAGCAUAUUUUGAAAAAAAUAGAAAAAUCGGUAAACAAAAACCGGUUUUAGUGUUACGACUAAAAAUGUCCCAUCACUAAAACUAAGGCUCCUUGCAUACGACCAACCAUAGCGACCGAUUGGUGACAGUUUGAACAGGAUGGUGGUUGUAAAAAAAUAUUUAAAAUGGCGACGCUUUUUCCUGUAUCACAGAAGACCAGCCAGCUGCAUAGCAUGUUAUAUAAUGAUAUUUUUUGCUUUAGAUAGGGCGCUAGCGAAUCAAAACUGAGGCGGACAAAUGUGUAUAAUUGACCGCAUUUCAUUUAGUCGCUUAUUAUUAACGAAAGUUAUUUAAACACAAUACCUAAAUAAAGUCUACAAUGUCGAGUUGUGUGCUUAGUAAGUGAAAAAACUAUAUAUACAUACAUAUAUACUCAGAGGCACAAUUAUCCGCUCACUUUAAUAUGACGCGAAUUAAGUGGCCGGAUACUUGUGCCUCUGAGUGUAUAAUGUAGGUAAACACAAAAUUGUGCAUGUGUGCCUCAGAUCAAUUAUAGAAGGACCUGUAUCGCACUCAUAGUCACGAACAAAAUAGUCUGUCAUUUUCUGAAGAAAACGAGCUUACAUUUGGUAUAUAUCUUGUACUAAACUAGAAGUUUUUGUCCGACUUUUACACCAUUCAAUUACACAAAAAGGUAUUUUACGGAGCUCUUUAAUCGACAAACACGAUUACAACUAUUUAACACUGAUUAUAUAGAGACAGUUUUUAUAAUCGCAUUAGAUCGUUGAUCAUAUACUUUGACAGAAAAGUAACAUCUAGCGAGGCAGGUCCUAUACAAUAAUUAGUCUGAGACGUGUGCGCUCAGUGGAGUAGCUAAAUUCAGAUCACUUUUUGCGGUGAUUUUGGUAACCUAUCUAUAGUAUACAAUAAUCAUUGAUGCUAUCCAUAGAUACAUUUCCUGUAUACAAGGAUAAUUGUGUUCUUAUUAAUGCCUACUCGGAUGCCUAUGCACGCCAUUGUGAAGAAAUAGGAAAUUGAGAAGUUUAGUAAAAUAAUAAAAAAGGUAACCAUAAUAUAAAAUAAUGUGGUCGCACCCGUAUAUGUAUAAUAAAUAUCAAAUAUAAUUAAUUAUAAAAUUGCCUGUUCAAAUUGAAUGUUACCCGGUCAAAGUAACACUAUUUUAGUGGAUUUUUUUUGAAUAGCACAGCCGUUGUCGGCUGCAGCACGCCUUAUUUUUGUCGGCGUGUGCCCGACGAGCGGGGAACUGGUCGGGCGUACGCCGACGGUGUAAUUUUUGAUAGGUAUAGUAAUAACACCAAUAAUGCAAUAAAUAUUAGUGGAUACGUUUAUAUUAAAAAUAAGGAAAGCCUGCCCGACAGUUGUCAGUAAAUAGUAAUUAACCGGAAAAUGAGAAAUAUAGGUAAAUGAAUUUCUAGAAAUUUCUUAUUUGCGAGAUACAUGAAUGACUCAUUUUUUCUCUAAUUUGCAAUAUAGUUUAUCAACUGUAUACCUAAUUAUUAUUGUGCUCGUGCGGAUUACCUUGACACCUGACUCGAAUGAUGUUUGUGAAGUCCUUUUCAUUAAAGAAGUCCCCCAAACGCGGCGCUGAUGUCUUAAAGGCUCAGACCAAUUAUAGAAGGACCUGUAUCGUACUCAUAGUCACGAACAAAAUUGUCUGUCAUUUUCUGAAGAAAACGAGCUUACAUUUGGUAUAUAUCUUAUACUAAACUAGAAGUUUUUGCCAAAAUUCAAUUGCACAAAAAGGUAUUUUUAGGGAGCUCUUUAACCGACGAACACGAUUACAACUAUUUAACAUCGAUACUAUAGAGACAGUUUUUGUAAUCGCAUUAGAUCGUUGAUCAUAAUACUUUGACAGAAAAAUAACGUCUAGCGAGGCAGGUCCUAUACAAUAAUUGGUCUGAGCUUAAGGGUCUUAUUGUCGUAAGGCGCAGUCAAUUUUAGUUCACGUUUUAGCCGCGGGACAUUUUUCAUGAAAAGGACUCUACUGUGUUUGUAUGGACGUGUCAAGUAAAUGCGCACGGGUUAUGCACACAGUCUUCACAAAUAUAGGUAUAAUAAUCGUACAGUACGAUUUCGGAUACACAUUUUGUCUGUACAUAAAUAUGAUGUUGUUAAUGUGAUUGUUCCUUUAUAGUUCAAGAGACCACGAUCAUUAUACCUACGCUAUAGUUUAAAAUUAAAUGUCACCUGUGUUUGGCGUGUGCUUAAAUUUAAUAUCAAAAACCUAGGUUAAGUUUAAAUAUUUUCUAUUCAUAUCGUUUUUGAAUAAAUGUCCAUUUAUAUAGAAUAUUGUUUUAAAACAAUAAAUAAUUAUAAUUGCCCAAGUAAUAUUCAUCGAUCUCCUAUUAAAAAGUGGAUGCACAAUCAGCGACCAAAAAACGUACCCACUCAAUGAGUGCCAAACACAACUACUUGGCACUCAAUUGAAGUAGUCGCAUUUGCAAAUUCAACCUUAAACUCGAUACUUAAGGUUGAAUUUGCUCUGAAUUUGGGAUUUUAUUGAACAUUGGACUAUAUUUAAAGGCUUUAGGUAUAAUUUUCUUUACCAAUAAUUCUAAACUGUCUAAAGCAAAAUUGGCCAGUUUUUAAGUGAAUUUUUUUACAUGUUUUAUUAUAUGAGGUCGAUGGUAAUAUUGUGGUUUAGCGACAUUUUUUUAAACAACGUGUCUUGAUUUUUAAGACUUAUUUUAAUAAUACAAUUUAAAUCAUGAUCAUGAGAGUGACGGCCUCCGUGGCGCAGUGGUAUGCGCGGUGGAUUUACAAGACGGAGGUCCUGGGUUCGAUCCCCGGCUAGGCAGAUUGAGAUUUUCUUAAUUUGUCCAGGUCUGGCUGGUGGGAGGCUUUGGCCGUGGCUAGUUACCACCCUACCGGCAAAGACGUACCGCCAAGCGAUUUAGCGUUCCGGUACGAUGCCGUGUAGAAACCGAAAGGGGUGUGGAUUUUCAUCCUCCUCCUAACAAGUUAGCCCGCUUCCAUCUUAGACUGCAUCAUCACUUACCAUCAGGUGAGAUUGUAGUCAAGGGCUAACUUGUAAAGAAUAAAAAAAAAAAAAAAAGAGUUAUCAUGAGAAAAUUGUGUUACAGUAAUGUUAUGUUUUAGUAUUUAAAUAAUAUUUAAUUCAGAUCUUAGGUAAUAGGUUUUUUUAAUGACUCUCUAUUGUAAUGAUCUCAGAUCGAUUUAUUUUUUUCCGGGGCACACAUUAUGUUAAUAAAUCAAAAAUUAGUCAAUAUUUUUUUUUAUUUGUUCUUUAUAAUGAUCAAUUUAAUUAAAUUUUCAUUUGGUUGUUUAAUGUGAAUAAAUAAUUAUAUUUAAUGAUACGUUUAUAUGUAUAUUGAUGUAAUUUUAAAUUAUUUUAAACUCACCUCUACAAUGCUAGUGAAGUAAACACAAUGUAUUGAAAAGCUUAGUGGUUAUGAUCACGUAUUGACGGUGAAAACGAAAUAUUUACACAGCAAGUAAAGUUAACAUUGCAGGUGAGAUGUGCAAAGUUUUAUAUUUCCACACUAGUGUCGAAAUUGAAAAUUGACGAUUAGAAUUUUUUCUUACAGAUUUGCGAUUGAUUUUAUUCUGUAUUUUGAUAGCAGCAUAAUACCCGAGGUUUCACCUGCAUUAUCAUAACUUUAAAUUCCAUUCCCGUGAUAAUGCGGAGAUAAAAUAUAGUCUAUGUUACUCCUUGAUAACGUAGCUUUCAAUUUUUGAAAGAUUUUUUCAAAUCGGUCUAGUAGUUUCCUAGUGCAAUGUGCAAACAAACGAACAAUCAAAUAUUUCCUCUUUAUAGUAUUAGUAUAGACAAGGUGUCGCUUGGUUAAUUCGUUUCCACCGUCGAAAUGUGGGCUCUUACACUAUUUCAAUAGAUAAAUAUUGGUAUGGAAGAAAAAAUUUCUUUCUACUAUAGCGAAGGUUGUUGUGACCGAGGGCUCUUGGCCUAUUUUUCUUGUGUAUAAAUCGAAUUAAUCUCGGGAUCCAUUAAAAUAGUUUUAUUCGAAUGUAUAAAUUUUGUUACUGAUUAUAAUUUAAUACCUAUUUAGGUACUAAGUAGCUUGGAGAUGCGAUUUUUUUUUUAAUUUUAUUUAAGACAUGUGCUUAUAACGAUUAAGGUGUGGUCACAUUGACUGGUUACGUUUCGGAAUUAACAACUGAACAAUGAAUAAUUGAUUUAUUGUAUUUAUUAUCUCUACAACGUAGAGUAACUACCUUGAGUGAGGUGUUAGAAGGCGUUAUUUUGCUAAAGUUCAUUAUGAACAAUGAAUACUUAAUUCAUUUAUUAGUACUCUGUACAAUGUAGAGUCAACCACCUAUCAUGAUGAUGUACCGGUUUCGUAGUCAAACGUAAGUAUAGUGUCCCGAAUACUAAAAAGUUUUAUUUGUAAAAAAAUACAAAUAAAUUAAUUAUUUAAAGUUUUAAGAAACAAAAUUUGGGUUUAGCACCUAAAGAUUUUUUUUUUAAAUUUAAUUUUAAAAAGUCAAUGUUGUUAAAAUUCCAUAUGUGCAGCUAUUCACCAGUCGCAGUGACUGCAGUUAUAGAAUUAACGAAGUACUGCGUUAAAUCAGUUCGUCAUGAAGGCAGCCGUUAAAUGUACAUAGAUUGUUCACAAAAAACGAAGGAAUUGGUUCAUUAAUGUUUAACUGUAAGUUGUAGAUUUUUUUUAAUGUCGAUAGUAAUAUUUAAAGACGGAAUAGUUGCUUGUUUUAAUGGUAUUUUUUAUUUUUUUUAAUGCUAAUAUUUUGUGAUUGAUUUGAUCAUAGAAACACGUAUAAAAACAAGUGUAUACAGACAUAUUUUAGCGCCAUAGACUACGUUAUUUUUUUUUCAUAAGCCAUGAAUGUUGUAGUCAAGUGCAAAUGAAACUAAAAACUACAUUUUGUUCCAUUAAGCGGAAGGUCUGUGGUCAGGAGACAAGCAGACAGAAGAUGGACGCGUUAAUAAAUAGUUUAUUAAUGUCCUGUUUAAUAAAGACUGAUAUUCAUGAAUUAUUAUAAUUAUGUACAUUGUCUUAUUCAAACAUUUGUGUGAGUGCGUGUUGUGGAUUUGCUAAGAAAGGUUAAAGUUCAUUAUUUAUAUAAAUUUUUAUUUAUAUUUACCGAGGUCACGCAUUGAACCAUACCAGUAUAUGAGUGAAUAAUUUCUUAAGAAAAUUAAUGAGAAAAUUGUUUGUUUUCUCUGUGGGUGUUAUUGUUAUGGUAAUACCCUUGCCCCAUAAUUUACUGAAUGUUUAAAAAAUGGUAGUUCGAGUAUGGCUAGUUACUGCCUAACUGACUUAACGUAUCUUAAAGUACGUAUUUAGGAAACAAAAAAGUCUUUUAAUUUUGUUUGUUAAUAAGAAUAAGCCAAAUCAAUCAAUCUAUUUAUUACAAUACUCGUAUAUAAACAUUUUUUAAUUGUGACUAUAAUAUUAAAACAUUGUAAAGUAGAUCAAAAAUAACGGUUGCCUUCAUGACGAAACUCAUGCUGUUUAACGGCAGACCUCAUGACAAAUGUCAUGCUGUAAAUCCCUAUUAGUUGUAAUUAUUUUUUAUGGUUAAAGCGGGAUAGAUUCGCUAUUCUAGCACGAAGAAAGUUGAAUAUAUAUCGAGUAAUUGUGUAUAAUAUUAUUAUUUUGUAAGUAAAUUAAUAAAUUACUAUUGAUUUUUGCUUAAA